AUGGAGGAUCUUUCCUGGACAGAAGAAAAGAAGAUCUUGCCCAAUAUCCUCAAGAAAAUUGGCUUCACCCCAAUGGUCCGAAUCAACAAGAUUGGGAAAUCCUUUGGGCUCAAGUGUGAGCUGUUGGCAAAAUGUGAGUACUUCAAYGCCGGGGGCAGCAUCAAAGAUCGCAUCAGCCUCAGGAUGGUGGAGGAUGCGGAGAGAGCCGGGAUUAUCAAACCAGGAGACACCCUGAUUGAACCCACUUCAGGGAACACAGGGAUCGGGCUGGCUCUGGUGGCUGCACUGAAGGGUUAUCGCUGCAUCAUCGUCCUGCCAGAGAAAAUGAGCAUGGAGAAGGUCGAUAUUCUGAAAGCACUGGGUGUUGAAAUUGUGAGGACCCCAUGCACCCGCUUUGAUGCCCCCGAGUCCAACAUUCGUGUUGCCUGGAAGCUGAAAAGUGAAAUCCCAAACUCUCACAUCCUGGACCAGUACCGAAAUCCGAGCAACCCCCUGGCUCAUUACGACACCACGGCUGAGGAGAUCCUGGAGCAGUGUGAAG